CCGCGCCUCCCGCAGUCCCGUUGCUAACCUGUUGCUGGCGACGCGGUCGAGUGUUGAGUGAUUCCACCAGUGUAACUUCACAUAAGAAAGACACGCCGUGAACGAAAAAAAAUAUAACAAAAGUGUGUCAUAAAUCAUCAUGGUCGUGUCAUAUUUAGUUCAGUGUUGGCGAACGACAUCUCUAAGUGCUAUUCGGUAACAGGUGGACGGUGUAUUCUCAACACGAGAGAUUUUGUAGAGAGUUAUUCUACAUCAUUUCCGCCGCUUCAAUCGCGACUGCAGUUGCCAAAGUUCCUUAAUUGUGGAAGGAAAUGGAAUUCUUUCUCCUCUGAGGGACGCGGAAAUUAACCAACUGAUGUUAGGGAGGAUAAAGCUUGUGUGGAAAUUAAGGAAGGAAUGUUUGGAUUCGCGCGUGGCAACCAGAAAGCAUUUCGGCAGGAAUAUUAUGUAGCAACUUCAAUUGAACUUUGAAUGCAAUUAAAUCAUAUUUAACGAUGAUGACACUACAGAGAGCUGGCAAGUAACAUACUGAACAGCUAGGCCUACAAUGCGAAAGGUGAAACACCGUGCCCCACUGGUGCUGUUUGGAAAUUAAGCAGAGUAGCCUGAUCGGCCCCGUCAGUUAUUUCGCUCAGUCAUGUACUCUCAGACUGGACAAACCGUGCUGGACGUGGACACCAUCCUGGGCCUCCCGCGCCCGACCAAGAAGCCCUCAAGCCUCCGGAAGCCUCGCCCUCCCGCCCCGCCCAAGUACAUCAACAAGGAACGAGCCCUGGCCAUCGCCAAGAAGUUCAAGAUCAAUCAGAUCGGAAAAGUCUCGGUCCGCGCGGGGGGCAGCAACGCUCUGGACGACCCACCGAGAGUCAGUGUGCAAUCGGAGAAGGUCCUCACGAGACGGAUACUCUUGGAUCGAGAGAAGGGCCUGGAGACGGCGAUGAACACUAAGGACAGUGCCGUUGGAAAAUGUAUUCUUGGUCGAAACGAUUACGAGACAAGGAGACUUGGAGUUGAAUUUGAAAAGUUGAGUGAGGAUGUCGACAGGAAGAGCUACCAGCUGUUGAAACGGAAGAGCGUGUUCGUUCACCAACGUGGGCUCAUACUGACUCAGGGCGGGAUUGUCUUCGAUCCCACUUCUGCCACCAAUAACCGACGGGACGAUGCCAAGACCGGAGCCGAUGCCACCAAGCCACUGCCGGGUAUCCAAACCACCCAGGCAGGGGAUGAAGCCCCCGCUGACAGCACGCCAAGACCCAAGAGAGACAAGUCCCCCUCGUACAUGCGGCCUCUCAGUUGCGAUCGAACCAAAUCCACCGAUUCGCAGGUGGCCGAGGCAGAACGUUUCCUGGCAACACCGACCAUGAUGCGUUACGCCAAUAAGGGUAAUCCUGACGAGGAUAGCAGCGCGUUUGCGCUGAAGUCGGUCGGCGAGGUAAACUCCCACAAUUAUGACGCUGAUUUCACCAGGGUACCGUCAAAACGGACGUUUCAAACAGAGAGGAGAAAGUCCCAACUUCCGGAGAUAGCAGAGAGCGUUUCGUCAGAGGGAUCCGAAGAUGUUUUCGGCGCUUCGGCCGCUGCAGAUCGUGGACAGAAAAUCACGAACUCUGCCAACUUUCCAAUCACCGCAGCGCUGAACAGGAGCAAGUCGGUGGAUCAAGGUGGCGCCGGAGUCGGUAGCGGAAACAAGAGGCGACGCGCGCGCACAGUUGACAGCCAAUCAAAACCAGAUGAGACAAACGAAGCAGACACAAGAGGGCCUUCUCAACCCAUCAAAUCCCGCCGACGAUCGCAUCGAAAAUCAUCCACGUUUUCCACGACGAGUUCUCAGUUUAAGCCCACCAAGAAAAUGCACCGCAAGACCCGCGUCUCGUUCACUCAGAAGCCGGCCCCGAAUCAGUUCAACACAUCCGAACCAUCCAGAGACCCGAGGUUCACCGAACUCACUUCCUUCCUGAUACCGGAUUCGGCGAAGGCGUUCGAUCUUUACCGGGACAUGGGCAGGCUGAGCGUGCUGGAAAGACUGGACCAAUCGGACGCUAGGAGUUCGGGUGUUCGGACGCAAAUGGGAAAAAUUGGACAUUCCCGUAAGAAGGAAAAUCAGAAAUCAUUCGAUGCCUUGUAUUAGGGCCAUCAUAGUUUCAUAGCAAUGGGAUAACAACAAAAUAAGAACGCUUGACAGAUACAAAAAGUUAGCGAUUUCAAUUUUUUCUCAAACAAGAAACAAGACUUAAUAAUAAACUGAGUUUCCAAUUGAUAAUACGUGUACAUGUACACGGACAACGUGGUACAUGAUUGUACUGAUUUUGGGUAAUUAAGGCAAACCAUUUUUUUCAAAGGACUUUUGCGUAUUCGAUUAAGAGGGUGUUUCCCACGCUUAUACCAAAAGUCAACAUGACAAAGUUAUUGCAACAAGAACGUUACGAUUUUCUGUUGAAUAAAAGAAUUUUCGACCGUAGCCUGUAAUACUCAGGGCGGACCUAGCGUUCAGGACACGGGGGUGGAGGUGGGUGGGUUUUUUAAUAUGAAAGAAGGGGUAUGAGUGAAGGCGUGCCGAAGACACGCCAGGGGUACGGUCCAGGCAUGCCCCCGAAAAUGUUUGAAAUCUAUGAUGCUUUCUCUUUGCAUUCUAAUUGGCGAUUGGAGAAUAAAUUGAGUAACUUUAGCAUUCAAUUGAGUAUUUUUGGCCCCGUUUUACUAGUACAUGUAUAACGUUAAGUGGCUGACGUGAUUUUCGGAGGGGCUCCAGAUCCGCCCUGAUAUACUAGUGCUUUGUUUUUGCUUUGAAUAGCAUUGUUUUUUAUUGCUGUUCCAGUCCGUUUUGAACAAGAUUUCUGUUUAUAACAAGGUACAUGUAAUUUUGCAAAAUAUCCGUCCUGGCUCCUCGUCCUAUACUGUCCUACUCCCGCCCCCACUUUAUAAUACAAACUAUCACCAACUACGCGCACUGCAUGCUACUCCAUUUUAUGAGCUGAUACAAGGAGGACAAUUCUUCCUAACAAAAAUGUAAACAUUUGUUUUAUAUAAUUCCAUGUAACCCAAUUAAAAACACACAGUGUAAUGACAAAUCAUUAUUGUGAUAAGUGGUGGACGCCAGGAUAAAGCUCAGGCUUGCACAAGGCCCGGCCCGCUGCAGGUAGCAAUAUCGCACACUGUUUGUAUCAAAGAUCUACUCCGUGUCAAAAAACACGUCCUACUUUUGAUCCUGAAUAACUCUGUUGUUUACUUAAUGGAAGUAAACCAACAUUUCCGAUCAUGCAAACAAGACAUGACCAAUUUUA